AUGGCUGCUAAUAAUUUUGCAGGAUGGGCUCAGAUAUAUGAUUCUUUGAUCAUCCAGCCUGGAAACUACUCCUAUCCAAGCCAAGUUAAAGAUCUUUGGAUACCCGGACAAAAAUUGUGGAAUGAACAGCUAAUUGACAAUUUAUUUCAGGAACAGAUGGCGGAAAUAAUCAAGAACAUCACCAUGUCCGGCAACGCGGCGGAGGCAGGCGGCGACGCCGCGCAGAGAACAAGGGCCGGCACCAACGGCGUCGGGGCUAGUAGCAACCGGAUUCAGGUGUCCAACACCAAGAAACCGCUCUUCUUCUACGUCAACCUCGCCAAGAGGUACAUGCAGCAGCACGGCGAGGUCGAGCUCUCCGCCCUCGGCAUGGCCAUAGCGACUGUUGUGACAGUAACAGAAAUUCUGAAGAACAAUGGUUUCGCCGUCGAAACAAAGAUUAGGACAUCUACUGUGGAAAUCAAGGAUGAGAUGAGAGGGCGACCAAUCCAGAAGGCUAAGAUUGAGAUAGUGCUGGCCAAGAGCGAGAACUUCGACGAGUUGAUGGCCACAGCUGCGGCAGAAGCAGCCGUAGGCGUGCUCGAUGGCGACGAGCAGAACUAA